CCUGCCACUGCCCUCCAAUCCCACGCCAACAUUUUGAGCCACGCGCGGCGACGCGUGCCCAGCUCCUCCAUCGAUCCGCCCGUGAAUCUUUGCGCGCCGGCCUCCCUCUUCGCCCGCCCUGCCCUCUUGCGAAUAAGAAUCGGCUCGUUUGAUUGCACCUUGACGAGGUCGGUUUAAAUAGGGGAGAUCGGGCGCAGGUGCUGGGUCGCACGCGGCUUUAAUUUUGGUGGUAUCUCCUUGUUCCCUCGGAUUGUCCCUCUCGCUGUCGCCGCCGUCGUCGACGGCGAUACCAACAAGGAGGAGGGCAGCAUCAUGGACGCGCACAGGGCGGGAGAACAGGGAGCCGCCGGCGAGGUGAGGCGGAUCAACGUGGUGUAUUUCCUGAGCCGCGGCGGCAGGACGGACCACCCGCACCUCUUCCGCGUCAACCACCGCAACCGCGCCGGCGUCCGCCUCCGCGAUGUCAAGAGGUGGCUCUCGGAGCUCCGCGGCAAGGACAUGCCGGACAAUUACUCGUGGUCUUACAAAAGAAAGUACAAGGCCGGGUACGUGUGGCAGGACCUGAAGGACCACGACCUCAUCACGCCCAUCUCCGACAACGAGUACGUGCUCAAGGGCUGCGACGUCCGGGGAACACCUCCUCCCUGCGCCCAAGCGCCAGGAAAGACUCCUUCGCUAGUUGAGAAGAAACAAUUGGAGGAGGAGGAGGAAACGCCGUGCAGUCAGGACCGCCCCGUGGAAGUUGUUCUGACGCCAGACUCCGACGAGAGCUCCCCCAAGACGCCGCCGCCGGCCGACCAGGACUCGCCCGGAGGCUGCGAGUCGGCGCGCCGUAGUGCGGCGCCGUUCAAGGCCGAGGAGCCGCAGGGCGGCGUUCGUGAGCAAAGGCAGCAUCAGCAGCAGGAAGUGGUGAUCAAGAUCGAGGUAUCACGGUCGCAGGAGCUCCGCGAGCAGAAGCAGCAGCAGCAGCAGCAGCAGGAGGGAGCGGCGGCCGAGAAGGCGGUGGUGCGGGCGGCGCCGCGUGAGGGGCAGCAGCCGCAGGGCCAGGGACAGGGAGCGGGCGGCGACAGGAGCCACGCGCUGGGGUAUCAGCAGGCGCGGAGGAUGCGCGUGGCGCGGGCGCUCCACAGCAUGCUGACGUGCGGCGCGGCCGACGCCGACGACGCCGCGCUUCGCCCCCUGGCGCGCCGGUCGCGGCGCAGCGCCGCCGAGGCCACCGGCGGCGGCGUCGACGACUGGCCGCCCACGCCGACGUGCCCCGGCAUGGACGGCUGCGGACUGCGCGUGAGCCGGAAGGCGAGGUCGCGGCGGGGCGGGAAAGACAAGCCGGGCAAGCGCGACGCGCACAAGCCUGCCACCCUGCCGCGUUGCUCGCAGUGCGGGAAGGAGUUCAAGCCGCAGGAGCUGCACGCGCACAUGCAGUCGUGCCGGGGGUUCAAGGAGCGGAUGCGGAGCAGCGCCAGCGCCAGCGCCCGGCCCAGCGCGGACGGGAGGCGCCGCAGCUCCACGGCGGGCCACCACUCCGCGGAGCGGCCGUCCGCCGCGUUCCUGCUCACGGAGCCCUGA